UCUCUCUCUAGUAGAGUCAUUCCCAAAAUCCCACCCAUCCAUAAACACAUAUAGCUCCCACCCAACGGGCUUACGUGGACGCGCAGCGCGAGUGCACGCCCGGCACGGCUUGCAGCGAUUGUAAAGGAGAAGAAAAAGGGAGAGAGAGAGAGCCGAGCAGAUCAGAGAGGAGCGGAGAGCUGCGGGAGGAGGGCGACGUGACGGGAGGACUGAAAACAGAAGCUCUCAGGACUACGACAAAGAGAAGGGAAACAAACAAACAAACAAAAAAAAAACGGGAUCAUAUUUACAGAAGAUUUUUUUGGGGGGGAAGGUUUGAGCGGCGGGAUACGUGGUGUUGGUGCUGUUACGCACGACAGCGUUUCCCUGCGGUGAAAUCAGCCUGAGUUUUUGGACAAGGAGACGCACGGCUUGCCUGCUCUUCCUCGUCAGAAACAGGGUUUAUAGCGGGGAGGUUUUACGGAGCAGCCGGGCUGAAGGCACACUGGAGGAGUUGGGAUGUCCUGAGUCAGUCCUGUGGGCCCAGAGAGCGGUGUGCUGAUGGGACCUGCUGCGCCACCAUGAGCUUACAAGAUGGCGGCUGCAGCUACGCCAGCAGCGCCAACAUGGCCACCGCUAGUGGCAGCAUGCGGCGGCGCCUGGAGGACCAGGAGUUCACCCUGCGCGUCUACCCGGGCGCCCUGGCUGAGGGCACGAUCUACUGCCCCGUCAGCGCCCGCAAGAACACCACAGCUGCUGAAGCCAUCGAGUGCCUCAUUGAACGGCUGCGCCUGGAGCGUACCAAAUGCUACGUGUUGGCCGAGGUGAAGGAGUUUGGCGGGGAGGAAUGGAUCCUCAACCCCGGCGACUGCCCUGUUCAGCGGAUGAUGCUGUGGCCGCGAAGCGCCCUGGAGAACCGCAGCGGCCUGGGCAGCGGUGACGACUACCGCUUCCUCCUACGGGAGAAGAACCUAGACGGAUCUAUUCAUUAUGGUGGCAGCCUGCAGAUGUGGUUGCGGGUGACUGAGGAGCGCCGGCGCUUGGUGGAACGGGGUUUCCUCCCCCAGCCUGCAGGGAACGAACCUCCGUCCGACCUCUGCGCUCUCCCGGAGCUAACAGAGCGCGCCCUUUUGGAAAGCCUCCGUGCACGUUUCCGCCAAGAGAAGAUCCACACUUACAUUGGGAGUAUUCUUAUUGUGAUAAACCCAUUCCAGUUCCUGCCAAUCUACAAUCCUAAAUAUGUCAAAUUGUACGACAACCACACACUGGGGAAGCUGGAGCCUCACAUUUAUGCUGUGGCUGAUGUAGCAUAUCAUGCCAUGCUACAGCGACGGAAGAAUCAGUGCAUAGUAAUUUCUGGAGAAAGUGGAUCUGGGAAGACCCAGAGCACCAACUUCCUCAUUCAUCACCUGACUGCCCUCAGCCAGAAGGGAUUCGCCAGCGGGGUGGAGCAGAUCAUCUUGGGGGCAGGACCUGUGUUGGAGGCCUUUGGGAACGCCAAGACGGCCCACAACAACAACUCCAGCCGUUUCGGCAAGUUCAUCCAGGUCAACUACCAGGAGAGUGGCACUGUCAGGGGAGCCUAUGUGGAGAAAUACCUGCUGGAGAAAUCACGUCUGGUCUACCAGGAGCACAACGAGAGGAACUACCAUGUGUUCUACUACCUGUUGGCCGGAGCCAGUGAAGAGGAGAGGAAGUCCUUCCACCUGCUCAAACCUGAGGAAUACCACUACCUCAACCAGAUGACAAAGAAAUCACACAAACUCCACUGGGACAAUUACUAUGAGAGCGAGCUGGACUGCUUCACAGUGGAAGGAGAAGACCUGAAACACGACUUUGAGCGGCUGCAGCUGGCUAUGGAGAUGGUCGGCUUCCUACCCAGCACACGCAAACAGAUUUUCUCACUACUGUCAGCUAUUCUCCACCUGGGGAACAUCCGCUACAAGAAGAAGACCUACAGGGACGAUUCCAUUGACAUCUGCAACCCAGAGGUCCUGCCCAUCGUCUCAGAGCUGCUAGAGGUGAAAGAGGAGAUGCUGCUUGAAGCGCUGACGACCAGGAAGACGGUGACUGUCGGAGAGAAGCUCAUCGUGCCCUACAAACUUGCAGAGGCGGGCACCGUGAGGGACUCAAUGGCCAAAUCACUGUACAGCGCGCUGUUUGACUGGAUUGUGUUCAGGACCAACCAUGCUCUGCUCAACAACAGGGACCUGGAGGACAAUUCAAAGAUCCUGUCCAUAGGAGUCCUGGACAUCUUUGGUUUUGAGGAUUAUGAAAACAACAGCUUUGAACAGUUCUGCAUCAACUUCGCCAAUGAAAGACUCCAGCACUACUUCAACCAGCACAUCUUCAAACUAGAGCAGGAGGAGUACAGGGCCGAGGGCAUCACCUGGCACAACAUCGAGUACAUCGACAACAGCAGCUGCCUCAACCUCAUCAGCAAGAAACCCACCGCUCUGUUCCACCUGCUGGACGAGGAGUGCAAUUUCCCCCAGGCGUCCAAUCAGACCUUGCUGGACAAGUUCAAGCGUCAGCAUGAAGGAAACAGCUACAUCGAGUUCCCUGCUGUUAUGGAGCCCGCCUUCAUCAUCAGACACUACGCCGGUAAAGUCAAGUACGGAGUCAAGGACUUCAGGGAGAAGAACACUGACCACAUGCGUCCCGACAUUGUGGCCUUGCUGAAAAGCAGCAAGAACGCCUUCAUAUGCGGCCUGAUGGGAAUUGACCCCGUGGCGACCUUCCGCUGGGCCGUGCUGCGCGCCUACUUCAGGGCCCUGGUGGCUUUCAGGGAAGCCGGCCGCAGACACACCCACAAAAAAACUGGUAAUGAUGCUGCAGUUCCCUGUGCUGUUGUCAAAACUGUUGACAGCUUCAGUUUCCUUCAUCAUCCGGUUCACCAAAGGAGCCUUGAGAUCCUUCAAAGAUGCAAAGAUGAGAAAUACAGUAUCACUAGGAAGAAUCCCCGAACACCUCUAUCAGAUCUUCAAGGCACCAACGCUCUGAAUGAGAAGGCCAGCUGGGAUGGCUAUGGUGUUGGUUGUAACGGUCGUAGCUCAAGGUCGGGUCGUCUGUCCUCGGGCAGCCCCGCUCUGGAAGAAGACGGCAUCUUCAUCAACUCCUCCAACAGCAAGCUCCUGGAGAGAGCUCAGGGCAUCCUACUGAGAAACAAAAACUGCAAAACUAAGCUGACUCUUCCCAAGCACUUGUUAGACGUGAAGUCUCUGCGAUACCUGGGCAGCGUGACGCUCCACGACCGCAUCACCAAGUCUCUGCUUCACCUGCACAAGAAGAAGAAACCGCCCAGCAUCAGUGCCCAGUUCCAGGCGUCCCUCAACAAGCUGAUGGAGACUCUCGAUCAAUCGGAGCCGUACUUUGUAAAGUGUAUUCGAUCCAACGCUGAGAAGCUGCCGUUGCGUUUCAACGACAGCCUGGUUCUCAGACAGCUGAGGUACACAGGUAUGCUGGAAACCGUCCGGAUCCGCCAAUCAGGAUACAGUAUCAAGUACACGUUUCAGGACUUUGUGCGUCACUUUCAUGUGCUGCUUCCUCGAGGCACGAGUCCAACCAAAUCAGGCAUCAGGGAGUUUUUCCGGCGGAUCCACCUGCCACCUGCUGGGUAUCAAGUGGGCAACACGAUGGUGUUCCUGCGGGAGGCGGAGCGUCAGCGUCUUCAGACACUCCUCCACCAGGAAGUGCUGCGGCGAAUCGUCACGCUGCAGCGCCGCUUCAGGGCCGUCCUGGAGAGGAAGCACUUUGUCGACAUGAGACGAGCUGCUUCUGCAAUCCAGCGAUGGUGGCGAUGCUGCCUCCUCAGACAGUCCACCAUCGAUGCGAGCGAUGAGGAAGAGGCGGCGGUGUGUCUGCAGGCGGCCUGGAGGAGCUACAGGGAGCGUCGGAGGUUCCUGCAGUGGCGGGACUCUGCCAUAGUCAUACAGAGGAGCUGGAGAAACUGCUGCCAUCGCAGGACUCUGGCAGCCGUCACGGUUCAAGCGGCCUGGAGAGGAUUCAGGGAGAGGAGCCGCUACUGUGCGACGUGCAGGGCUGUGACGCAGCUACAGGCGAUGGGCAGGGGGCACUUGGCUCGACUCAGGUUCAUAGAAGUGAAGGAGCAGCAUGAAAGACAGCUACUCUGUAGUCCACCUGCAGAGAUGGAUGCAGGAACCGAGGAGGAUCUCACCGCAUCAGGACAGGAAAGUUGCGUCCAGGAUACCUCCGCCGAACCUGCUGAAGACUCGAAGCCUGUUUCGUUUGAUGAAGGAGAGACAGAAAAAGAAGAGGACUCUGAGCGAAAUAGGAGCGUAGAUGAGACGAGUCAUAAGAAUCGAUCAAAAAGAGAGAGCAGACGAAUGAGGGAGCUGGAGCAGGCUCAGUUCAGCUUGGAGCUACUCAAGGUUCGGACAACCAGUGUGGGAGGAACUCUGCAGGAAGACCUGGUCCCGGAUGGCAGCACCUGUCAGCCAGAGGACCAUCACAGACACUCACCCCGGGGAUCUCCAGCUAGUCAUGGAAGUUUUGAGCUGCUCAGUGUGGAAGACAUGGAGACUGAAGGUUCUGCACAACAAGAACAUCCUCCGGCGCUGGAUAGUCAACUUCACGAGGGACUGACAGACUCAAACCAUAAUGAAAAGCCCGGGAUUGAGGCGCCAAACAAGGCAGAGAGUCCACGGGCAACGUUUUAUAUCGCUUCUGACCAAAGUCCAGUUCAUGAACCAAAAUUUGAAAGCCCCAACAAAUCUCACAAAGAGAGAAGGGAGUCCACCUCUCGAAGACCUGUAGUGGUGUUGAUCAGUAUGCAGAAAGAGAGCCCUGUGGAGGAGGGGGAGCUGCUGGCAGCCCAAACCCAAGAAGGAGCUUCUGAACCAGAAGCAACAUCAUCCAGUUCCCUAAUUACCCACAUUGCGGGCCUGGAGGUAGGACCGGCAGUCGAAGAGCCUAACGGGAUUGCUCCCCAGUCCAGUAGAGAUGUCUCUGAGGUGGACAAGUCUUCAAGCACUCAAGCAGCAAGUCCAGAAGUAGCGGGGAUUAGCUCCUCAGAGGUGGACAUCCAGAUCGUCCUGGAGCCGAAGCCCGAUGUUCCCGCUGUUCUCCCGAGUCAGCAGGAGAAGAAUGUGGUCCGGCCUGUUCAGGAGGCUCCCAGCCCGGUCCUGGACACCAAACCACCAAAAGCCCAGAAGAAGAGCUCAGCCCAGACUGUGAUUGUAAAUAUGAUGGAGAAACCGUCCAACACUGUGUUCUCCCCACCCAGACGCAAGCUGCCCUUCUCCAAGUCAGACAAGGAUUUGGUGAACCAGGAAAGAUCUUUGGCCAUGUACAGAGAGGACUCCAAAUCUGCAGGAUCCAGAAACAGAGAGGUGGGCCGCCCAGGCCCCAAAAAGAAAGCGCGCAUGUCCCGGACGCGCUCCGACUUCCUCACCCGCUGUAACUCUGAGGGGGCGACCCAGUCGGACGACGACGAUGAAUACUACAUCCUUGCCCACUCCCGCACGCUGCCCCCUUCCCUGUCUCCCUCACGCGCCCACCCCGAGGCUGACUGUCACAGUGACUCCGAGAUGCCUUCUCACAAAGAUCAGAAAAAGAUCCAUAAGACCAUGUCAUCAGGAGACCUGGGCAAGGUGGAGGUCCUCCGGAAAACAUCCAGUCAGGAUGGAAGCAGGAUGAGAGGAAAGAUGCGAUUCUGGAGUAAGACGAAACACGGCGAGAAAAAACUGUCAAGAGAGAAGCAGGCGAGCAGGAGCGAAGCUGCAGAGACACAUGAAGGCCCGUCUCCUCCUCACAGUCCAGACCUGGAGGCGGCUCCUUCGCGGGGGGUCAGGGACAGUAAGGAGAACAAGGAGUUGUCUCCGAAGAUGAGGAGGCGUCGCAGCGUGAAGAUCAGCAGCAUCGCUCUGGAACCAGCCCAGUGGCAGAACGAUGCUCUGCACAUCCUCACCUCGGCUCACGACUACCGCACCAUGAACGACUUCCUCAUGAAGAAGAUUGCUGACCUGGAGUCUGAAGAUGGUAAGAAGGACACUAUGGUGGAUCUCGUCUUCAAAAAAGCGCUGAAGGAGUUCAGGAUCAACAUCUUCAACUCCUACUCCACCGCCCUGGCUAUGGACGAUGGGAAGAGUAUCCGUUACAAGGAUCUUUACGCCCUGUUUGAACACAUCCUGGAGAAGACCAUGCGUCUGGAGCAGAGGGACUGGAGCGAGUCGCCUGUGAAGGUUUGGGUCAACACCUUCAAGGUAUUCUUGGACGAGUUCAUGACUGAAUACAAGCCCAUGGAGGGAACCAUCGGCAGGGCGCCUAAACGUGAGCGCAAGAAGUCGAGGAAAAAGGAAACUGACAUUGUGGAGGAACACAAUGGCCACAUCUUCAAGUCCACCCAGUACAGCAUCCCGACCUACUGCGAGUACUGCUCCUCCCUCAUCUGGAUGAUGGACCGAGCCUGCGUCUGCAAACUGUGUCGCUACGCCUGCCACAGGAAGUGUUGCUCCAAGAUGACCACCAAGUGCAGUAAAAAGUACGAUCCGGAGCUGUCGUCUCGGCAGUUUGGCGUGGAGCUUUCCCGUCUGACCAGCGAGGAGCGCACGGUGCCCCAGCUGGUGGAGAAACUCAUCAACUACAUCGAGAUGCACGGCCUCUACACGGAGGGGAUCUACAGGAAGUCCGGCUCCACCAAUAAGAUCAAAGAACUCCGUCAGGGGCUGGACACAGACGUGAGCAUCGUGAACCUGGACGACUACAACAUCCACGUCAUAGCCAGCGUGCUCAAACAGUGGCUCCGAGACCUCCCCAGCCCUCUCAUGACCUUUGAACUGUACGAGGAGUUUCUUAGAGCCAUGGGUCAACCAGACAAGCGGGAGGUGAUCCGAGGCGUGUAUUCAGUGAUCGACCAGCUCAGCAGGACACACCUCAGCACACUUGAGCGCCUCAUCUUCCAUCUGGUCAGGAUCGCCUUGCAAGAGGAGACGAACAGGAUGUCAGCCAACGCCCUCGCCAUCGUGUUCGCUCCCUGCAUCCUUCGCUGCCCCGACACCAUCGACCCGCUGCAGAGCGUCCAAGACAUCAGCAAGACUACAGCGUGUGUGGAGCUGAUCAUCAACGAGCAGAUGAGCAAGUACAAAGCUCGUCUGAAGGACAUCAAUAGUCUGGAGUUUGCAGAGAGCAAAGCAAAGAGCAGACUGACCCACAUCAGGAGGUCCAUGAAACCCAUACUAAUUGCUGUUAGGUUUAUGAGCAUAACCCGCACUGCCACCCCGAGCAAAGGCCGCGUUCGGCAAAGCAGCACCCAUACACCUUCACCUCCUCACAGUCCCAAGGUGGCCCCUGUGGUGGAUGGAGAGAGUGCCGGAGGGGGAGAGGAUACACCAGAGGCCGGACUGAGCGAGCAGCAGCAGCUGGCAAUGCAGCAGGAGGAGCGAAUCCUCACCGAGCAGAUCGAGAGUCUGCAGAAAGAGAAAGAGGAGCUGACGUAUGAGAUGCUGAUCUUGGAGCCGCGGGCGUCGGACGAUGAGACUCCUGAAUCUGAAGCCUCCAUCGGCACAGCAGACAGCUCCGAGAAUAUCACCAUGGAGACAGAGGGAGCCACCUCCGACCCCUCUGAUCGCAGCGGCGCUUAUCGCUCCAGGAAGUCAGAGGCUAAGGGCAGACGAGCUCUUCGCCGCCAGCCCGACUCCCAGGACUCGGCAGACUCCACCUCCACCGUCUCCUCCUCCUACCACCCCUCCUCCUCUCUCUCCUCCAACGCCUCCGGCUCUCCAUCCCCUCACUACCGCUUCCGCUCCUCCUCCUCUGGUCCCCUGCUCACUUCCUGCGGCUUGGGGACCCCGCUGACAGAAGCGGAGGGGGGGCAAAGAUCCGGUAAGACCCGCCACAGGCUCAGGCUGAGCCGCAGCUCACCGCGAGAGACCUCGGGAAGCCACCGGAGGGAGCCGGACUUCAGCUCGGCGCCACAGCAGCUGGUUCUGUACGGCAGCAACGAGUUCAUGGUGUGAUGCAGAGGAGGGAAGGAACGCCGGCCGCCGCCCCCCGUCCGAGCGCAGGGGUGGGCGCGCGAGACGGGGAGGAGGGAGAGUCCGGGGGUUGAACGAGGCUGGUCACGGGGCGAAGGUUCGUGCCCAGUGUCGCCUGCUGCCCCUCCUCAGUACCCACCCCCCUCCUCCCCCUGGUCCAGUCAAAGCAGAGAGCUAAAAGAAGAGAUGACUGGAAGUGUUACACAGAGGGACGAAACGACAGACGGUCAAAACGCAGAGAGCUGGAGCAGAGCGACAAAGUGAAAAGAUAUGGUUGGGCCAUGUUUGUUGACCUUUGCCCUCUGAACUGAGUGCUGUUUGACCCCUGCUGGAGCACCAGGGGUCCGUUAGAGGAAAGAGAGAAGAAGGGAAGGACAGGUGAUGAGACACAGAAAAACACACACCUGCAAAGCCAAAUCUAUAGUGCCCCAUCUUUACUUUUUAGCAUGUGGGCAGGUGGUUGAAGCCACUCAGAAGAAAUGUAGCCAUACUGACUGAACUGGCGGACAUUUUGUCUGUAACCAGCGCCAAGCUAAGUCUGCUUUUCACGUUUACACGGGACACACCAGCCAAGAGGCUGCAUGCUUCUCCAUUACACUUUUUCCUACGCCAGUUUAAAGAGACUGUACAAAUAUACGUUACAGCUGUAUGUUACAUAUUAUUAUUAUUAUUAUUAUUAUUAUUAAUUAUUAUUAUUAUUAUUAUUAUUAUUAUUAUGUUACAGAGGAAAAAAGUGUACAUAGAAAGAAACUCCAGUGCUGCUCCGGGGUCGUUCCUUGUUAUUUCCUGUUGUCUAUUUUUGAAAAGUGAAGUGUGUGGAAUUCAGGUUCCACUUUCGUUUCUGUGCUGGUUUUGCUCGGUUUCCUGUCAUUUGUUUUUUUUGGGGUUUUUUUGUUUUGUUUUGUUUUGGGUUUUUUUUUCUCUUUUCCUAUUUCACAAUGAACAGAGCCAGUUUUGGGUGAGAAAUAACAGAAGGAAAAGCUGUCACGCGUUCUUGACCCGAGGUGUCAAAUGUCAAUCAGCCAUAAGUGUAUUUGUGUCGGCCUUUCCCAGCUUGCAUCCCUCUUCCCCUUGCAAGCUUUCUUUUCUCCUUCUGUUUUUAUUCAGAAACAUCAGUGUUACGAUGUCAGGACUUGAAUUUUUUUUUUUUUUUUUUUUUUUUUAAUAUUAUUGCUGUAUUAUAGGUGUUGUUAUUGAUAUCAAAGAUGUCAUGUUUUUGUUGUCAAUAUUGUUAUAAUUUCACCGUUUAUUUUUGUUCAAAUGAAAGCCAUUUUUCUUUCCAGUCUGUGUGUGUGUGUGCAUGAAUGAAUGAAUGAAUGAAUGAAUGAAUGAAUGAAUGGAUUCCUGCCACUGUAUCAGCUCUCACUUUGUGCAUGUGUAUUCUCUGCACACACACACAUACACACACACUAGUGUUUCCCCCCAAAAUGCUCCUCUUUUUAAAGGAUGUCAAAAGUCUCUGCAGAGGCCGUCAAGUGACACUAAAACUACUCGCAGACUAAAGCAAAUCUUUCGUGGGGAAACUCUUGCACUCACCUACACACUCAAACCGUCCAUGUUGUCCUCUGAGCCAUCCAAAAUACUUUCUUCUUCUCCUUCUUUACCAUAAUAACAGCUCUUCCAUCCUCUUCUCUCCCGGCUCUGGCUGUGAAAAAGUAGCAUCUAAUCAAAAACAAGUAGCAACUACUAACUCAGACCGUCCACGUGUUUCUGCAUAUUUUUACUCUCUGUCUGUCUGUCCAUACAGUAUCGAAACAGUCGGUGUAAUAUUCAAAUUUAUGGGCCUACGUAGUAGCUAAACAGCGACGAUGUCUCCGCUCUAUACCUGCGAUAUCUCUCCUCGCUUCCUGCGUCUGUGAACAGAUAACUUUUUUGCUCCGAUUUCACCAACACAAUCAGUGUUAAUCAAUUUUUUCCUUGAAGCUCAGUGAGGACUUAAUGCAGGUGCGGAGACUUGCAGCACACACUGUAGACCUGUUUAAGAAAAAAAAAAAAAAAAAACAGUUAUGGAGGUGAGCUGAAAAGGACAAAAGCUGAUAUUUGAUAGGAUGAUAUUUGUACAUGUCUCAGCUGUCCAUAUGGUAUUCUGCAAAAAAAAAAGAAAAAAAAAAGAUUUAAAAAAAGUGAAUGUACCUGUCACUGGAAGGCAUGCUCUGCUUUCUCUGGUUGUUUUUGUUCCUCUUUUAUACACAGUGUAUGUACUAUUUAUGAUCAUGCUUUUUGGGGUGUACAUUGGUUGAAAAGAAUCUGUCAUAAAAGGUGUUAUAAAAGGAUAUAUUAUCCUGUGUACGGUUCAUUAUCUACUAUUAAUCAUGGCGACAUUUUAACAGGCCAUAAUCGGUCUGUCAUGUUUGUGCUACGAAGAGAAAUCAAAAAAAAGACAAAAAAGAAAAAAAAGAAAAGCGUUGUGUCUUUUUGUCUGCGCCACUCUGGACACUCUGGUUCUGUAUAAGGUGCAAUUUGUGUUAUAUUUCUUUUUUUUUAAUGAUACAAACAUGUCUAUGGUUGUAAGAAAAAAUAAAGACUUUAUGGGGGAAGAAUUCAUCUGCUUAUUAAAAAAGCAAAACUGCAGCCAAA